AUGCUCUUCCUCCCCACCCUCCUCCUCGCCGCCCUAACCGCAGCUCACCCCAUGACCUUCCAACCCCGCGCUCCCUACGAGAUCUGUCCCGCGUUCGACACGCCCCUCUGCUGCCAGCUAGACGCCGGCGGGAUGGUUGGCACGACGUGCCAGUCUCCGUCCUCCGCCCCCAGCAACAAAACCGAGUUCCUGAACGACUGUCAUGCGAUCGGCUUUACCGCCGAGUGCUGCAAGUUGCCUACGGGCGGCGAUGCCAUGUUCUGCCAGCCACCGUAG